GGGUCUCAGAAAUAUGUUUUGCAAAGCUAAGCAAAGGGAAUAGAAAGCUUGAGGGAAAAACAAUGCAGUUUUUCAGUUGGACAGGCAGAUUUUCAGGACAUUGGAUCAGGCACAUAAAUAUUAUCUACCUCAAAGUGCUUCUUGCUGGAAAAGGCCUGCAGGUUGUGUUGGUUUAUUUUAUUACUCUCCAGAUUCCCUUUAAAGUCAGAAUACGUGCAAUUUUGUGAUCAAUCCUCCAAGCCAAAUUAGAUCAUAAUUUUCCAUUAUAAAAAGGAACUUCCUAGAACUCAAAAUCCAAACCAGAAACAGAGGAACUUCACCUUGGUUUUGCUGCCCCAAAAUUCAUCUAUCUGCAUUCAGACAGGAGGGCAAGGGAGGAAUAUUCUCUUCUGCCGCUGUUUAAUUCCGUCCAAAGUUGGUUGCUGUCUGGAAAUAUCUGUGCACUACAAAUCACACAUUUCUUUGAUAAACUGACACAACACUAUCCUGGAAUGCUGGAUAUCAGUGAGCUUCAAAUUGCUGAAGGCUUUUUGUCCCCAGUGCUCAAAGAAAGUGAAGGGAUUUUGAGUAACAGUUUGCGAGACGUGUGCUUGUUGAGCAAUUACUCCCUAGCACGUAUCAGGCUGAAGAAAAUCUCAUUUCUUUUGCAGAGCAGCCUCUGUAUAUCAGCCAUCUGCCACUGACUUUAGCCAUCAGCCCCUACAGGAGCAGGGUUUCAUCUUUCACUGAAGGAUUAGCCCAUGCCAUUCUCAUCUGCUAUAGUCUUGCCUAUCUAUACACUUAACACCUUCUUUUUAAAUGUCUCCUUCCUGAUUGUAACACGCAGAUUAUAAUUCUCUGGGGUGCUGAGAAGAUGAGGAGAUGAUCUGUACAUCAGGGGGGGCAUUCCACCAAAUUUUCAAUAAGCUCUGAAAGGGACAUAACCUCUCUUUGUUGUGGGUGCAGUCGAAUCUUUUCUGUUCUCCUCUUUUGCCAGGAAGAUAUGAGUGGCUGGAGUGUUUGGUUCUAUAUAUAACUGGUUGAUGUCAGCUGGAUGCCAACCCCUUUGGAGAGGAUCAGCCCCCCAGUUUGUCUCAGCUCUAGGUACCAUGCAGAUCCCAGCACAAGGGUACAAACCAUCCAGGACCAGGCAGGUCAUCCCCAUGCAUAACUAACUUCUGAAGCCUCAGCUAAAGGGUUGACAUCGCUUUUUAUCUGCACAACAAAACAGUAGGCAAGGAAAAGUCGUAUCAGAAAAUCACAAUGUUAUCAGAUUCUGCCCUGGCCAAAGAGAGGAAAGAGCAAGCAUCAGCCAUUAUGGAUGAAAUACACAGAAAUGUCUCACCCACCCUGAACCUUGGGAAAAAGGUCAGCACGCCCAGAGAUAUCAUGGUGGAGGAGCUGUCGACGCUCAGCAACAGAGGGGCCAGGCUCUUCAAGCGCCGCCAGCGGAGAUCUGACAAGUACACAUAUGAAAAUUAUCAUUACGUGGCAAGCAAGCCUAGAAAUCGUGGAGAGCCCAUGCAGAGUGUCAGAAUGGACGGCCUCAGUGUGGAAGGAAUGGCCCAGCACGCCCCAAUGACACCUCCCAACACACCUGACCCCCGGAGCCCUCCCCACCCUGACAACAUCGCCCCAGGAUAUUCUGGACCACUGAAAGAAAUUCCUCCUGAAAAGUUCAACACUACAGCUGUUCCAAAGUAUUACCAGUCUCCCUGGAUAGAAGCCAUUAGAGAUGAUCCAGAACUACUGGAAGCUUUAUAUCCUAAACUCUUUGCACCUGAAGCAAAGCCAGAACUGCCUGACUACAGGAGCUUUAACAGAGUUGCCACUCCCUUUGGUGGUUUUGAGAGAGCAUCAAAGCUGGUCAAAUUCAAGGUACCAGAUUAUAAUAUGCUGAUGCUAAACGAUCCCAGAUUCAUGAUCCUUGCAAACCCUCUUGCUGCCAGAAGAUCCUUCAACAGGACUCCCAAAGGAUGGACAUCGGAGAAUAUCCCAGUCGUGUUCAUUCAGCCUGCAGAAUCCAACCCCGUUCCAGAAACAGAGGAUCUGUGAGAGAGGCUGCACCCUACAUGGUACACAAUGCUCAAAGCUGCACAUCCAUGUGUUUUUGGUCCAAAUAUUACUAAAGGCUACUGAUAAAAUUUUUCCUUGGAAGCUGGAGUAUAAUUAAUAAUGCGGGAUGCAGUGGCUCCUUUCUGGCACCCGGUUUCAUCUGUAAACAUGAGCUAAAUAAAGUAACUUGGAAAAUA